GCGUGUGUUGGCGAUACAGAGAUCCCGGGACAGAGGUGCCUUGGUCCGGGUGACAAGAGCGAAUGUGAGGGUCUUGGCACAGCCUGCAAGACCUAGGGGAUGUGAGCAGAGCCUAGAAGGGUCUGGGAAGCAGAGCUUGAGUGUGCAGAAAGAGACAAGCAGGGGAGGCUGGGGUCUUUCCCACAGACCGAAGACAGGACCAUGCCUCCUGCUCUUCCUGUCUUCCUAGGAGGCAGCGUCUGCCAGUCAGUGGAAUUUUCCCAAGAUAGGCCCCUCCCUCCCGGGCUCGAAUUCUCUGUUCAGCCUCCUUCUCCCAGAGCUGAGCUGUCCCUAGAGCAGGGGUCAGAUGGAGUAGAGAAUGGGCUCUGCCCCAGAGGCGCUGGGUUUUCAUGACUAUGCUUGCCCUGUCCCUGGAGGAAAUGGGUUUGGAGGUUGGAGAAGCUCAGGCUGUAUUCUUGCUUAUUAUUUUUCGCUCUGGCUGGCCGGACCAGCCUAGCCUGGACUUUGGCUUCUUUGCCUUGAAGCUUUGGCAAGGGAUGAGGGCUCGCGAGGUGGGGUGAGGGGUGGUGCAGAGCUGAGAGCUGGCGCUGCUCCAUCUGUUUUCUUUGCACCCCCACCCCCACCCCAGUCCCAGUUACCAUCAGUCACGUCACUCUAGGGACUGGAGUGGGAAGGGAGGGAUAAGGGGCAGGAUGGAGGCCCCACUCCCCGAGGUUGCCUAGACAACAUCAGAAAUCGUGGCCAGGGCCUCUUCCGCCUGCGGGGCGCUGCUUCCUGCAUCAGUCACUCCCGCUGGGGGCGGGGCGGAGGAAGGGGUUGGAUGUAAGAGAGCUUGGCCUCAGCCGGUGAGGUUCCUCCGCUGUCGCCUUGGCCCCAGCCAUGGCAUCCUAUCCUGGCCCAGGCAAGUCCAAGUCCAAAUAUCCCUUUAAGAAGCGGGCCAGCCUGCAAGCUUCCGCUGCCGCUUCAGAGGCUCGGGGUGGUCUGGGGGCCUCUCCACUGCAGUCUGCCCGAUCUCUGCCGGGCACUGCCCCCGGCCUCAAGCACUUCCCACUCGACCUUCGCACGUCUAUGGAUGGCAAAUGCAAGGAGAUCGCUGAGGAGCUGUUCAGCCGCUCCCUGGCUGAGAGUGAGCUCCGCAGCGCCCCUUAUGAGUUCCCAGAGGCCAGCCCCAUCGAGCAGCUGGAGGAGCGGAGGCAGCGGCUGGAGCGGCAGAUCAGCCAGGAUGUCAAGCUGGAGCCAGAUAUCCUGCUUCGGGCCAAGCAAGAUUUCCUGAAGACAGACAGUGACUCGGACUUACAGCUCUACAAGGAGCAAGGAGAGGGACAGGGUGACAGGGGUCCUUGGGAGCGUGAUGCGGUACUGGAACGGGAAUUUCAGCGGGUCAUCAUCUCCGGCGAGGAGAAGUGCGGGGUGCCAUUCACAGACCUGUUAGAUGCAGCCAAAAGUGUGGUACGGGCACUCUUCAUCCGGGAGAAGUACAUGGCCCUGGCCCUGCAAAGCUUCUGCCCCACCACCCGCCGCUACCUGCAACAGCUGGCAGAGAAGCCCCUGGAGACGCGAACCUAUGAGCAGAGCCCUGAUACCCCUGUGUCUGCCGAUGCCCCAGUGCACCCCCCUGCCCUGGAGCAGCACCCAUAUGAGCACUGUGAACCAAGCACCAUGCCUGGGGACCUGGGCUUGGGCCUGCGCAUGGUGCGUGGUGUGGUGCAUGUCUACACCCGCAGGGACCCCGAUGAGAACUGUCCAGAGGUAGAGCUUCCGUACCCUGACCUACAGGAGUUUGUAGCUGACGUCAAUGUGCUGAUGGCCCUGAUUAUCAACGGCCCCAUAAAGUCAUUCUGCUACCGCCGGCUGCAGUACCUGAGCUCCAAAUUCCAGAUGCAUGUUCUGCUCAACGAGAUGAAGGAACUGGCUGCUCAGAAGAAAGUGCCCCACCGGGACUUCUACAAUAUCCGGAAGGUGGAUACGCACAUCCAUGCCUCAUCCUGCAUGAACCAGAAGCAUCUGCUGCGCUUCAUCAAGCGGGCGAUGAAGCGGCAUCUGGAGGAGAUCGUGCAUGUUGAGCAGGGCCGUGAGCAGACCCUGCGGGAGGUCUUCGAGAGCAUGAACCUCACGGCCUAUGACCUCAGCGUGGACACACUGGAUGUGCACGCGGACAGGAAUACCUUUCACCGAUUUGAUAAAUUCAAUGCCAAAUACAACCCUAUCGGGGAGUCUGUCCUCCGUGAGAUCUUCAUCAAAACCGACAACAAGAUUUCUGGGAAGUACUUCGCUCACAUCAUCAAGGAGGUGAUGGCAGACCUGGAGGAGAGCAAAUACCAGAACGCAGAGCUCCGGCUGUCCAUCUACGGACGUUCGAGGGACGAGUGGGACAAGCUGGCACGCUGGGCAGUGGUGCACAAAGUGCACUCUCCCAAUGUGCGCUGGCUGGUGCAGGUGCCCCGCCUCUUUGACGUCUACCGCACCAAGGGCCAGCUGGCCAACUUCCAGGAGAUGCUGGAGAACAUCUUUCUGCCACUGUUUGAGGCUACUGUGCACCCUGCCAGCCACCCCGAGCUGCACCUGUUUCUGGAGCACGUGGAUGGCUUUGACAGUGUGGAUGAUGAGUCCAAGCCAGAGAACCACGUCUUCAACCUGGAGAGUCCCCUCCCGGAAGCCUGGGUGGAGGAGGACAACCCACCCUACGCCUACUACCUGUAUUACACCUUCGCUAACAUGGCCGUGUUGAACCAUCUGCGCAGGCAGAGGGGUUUCCACACGUUUGUGCUGAGGCCGCACUGCGGGGAGGCUGGGCCCAUCCACCACCUGGUGUCAGCCUUCAUGCUGGCCGAGAACAUCUCCCACGGGCUGCUUCUGCGCAAGGCCCCCGUCCUGCAGUACCUGUAUUACCUGGCUCAGAUUGGCAUCGCCAUGUCCCCGCUCAGCAACAACAGCCUGUUUCUCAGCUACCACCGGAACCCUCUACCCGAGUACUUGUCCCGUGGCCUCAUGGUUUCGCUGUCCACGGACGAUCCCCUGCAGUUCCACUUCACCAAGGAACCCCUGAUGGAGGAAUACAGCAUUGCCACUCAGGUGUGGAAGCUCAGCUCCUGCGACAUGUGUGAACUGGCUCGGAACAGUGUGCUCAUGAGUGGCUUCUCCCACAAGGUAAAAAGCCACUGGCUGGGACCCAACUAUACCAAGGAGGGCCCCGAGGGCAAUGACAUCCGCCGCACCAACGUGCCAGACAUCCGCGUAGGCUACCGCCAUGAGACCCUGUGCCAGGAGCUGGCACUUAUCACACAGGCCAUCCAGAGUGAGACUCUGGAGACAAUCCCAGAGGAAGUGGGCCUUGUCAUGAGCCCGGGGCCUUAGUGACCUGGUCCAUGCAGUGCUCGCCCAUCUCAGCAACUUGAUCAUGUCUGUGACCGGCCCCUCCCACCUGGUGUGGUCUCUGCAUGUCUCUGCUCUCUGUUUCCGUCCUGCAUGUCUUUGACCAGGUCUUGCCUCUGGGCCACCUCACUGAAAGCAAGUCCAAGAAUCUGCUUCACUGCUGUUCUGGCUCAGGUGGUACCUGAUGACUGAGAUUUAGGGCUGGCCCUGCUAAUGACCCGUCCCAGGAUUGUCAGAGGUCUGACUGUCCCAUGGUGUCUUCAGUGUCCACUGGGGCUUGGGAUAGUUGUGUGGGGUUGGCCCUGUUAGCCUCUGGAGCCCUACCUCGGCAAAUCCAGGCUUUGACUGGAGUUCACGUUGAGGUCCCUUCUUGUUUAUGUGGCCAUGGGCAAUCAGGAGGGGCUUAUGAUCCCUCUAUUGUGGCACUGGCUGCUCGGUGUCUGUGCUAGGCAGAGUAGGCUUUGGCUUGCUCAUGGCCCUGGAGGCCUGGCCUAAGGGGCUGGACCACUGCCCCUGCCAAGUCAUUGCCUCCUCUGUUCCUCCCCACUCCACAUGUCCCUCUGUUACCUGCUCCUUUGUGCCCCUUUGGGAGCGGGCAGCUGCCCUGAUCUGUGUGUACAAUUGGAGGGUGCUGGGCCUGCCUUUAGCCCUGGGGGUGGUACCACCUUCGGGGGUUUCCAGGUCUUUGGUCAGGCCCAGAUCCCAGUUAGCCUCCUGUGUUAUGUUCUAGACCAAGGCCUUUGCUAUGAAGAACAGUGUUUCAUAUGACCCAUUUUCCUAGUGCAUGAGAAAUAAAGAUUAUUUAAGUAA